AUGAUUUCUGUACCUUCAAGAAACUGGCAUCCAGACUCUGAAAAUAUCAGGCUUGAGCAUCACAGCAAGACCUUACAACAUGGAAUCUUCAUCGGCAGACAGCUUUUGCGACCAACUCGGAAGGGCAGCCGAGCCGAAUCGGUCCAGAGAAAGACUCCUUUCCGAGGCCAGAGUCUAGCUACUUUCACAGGCUGGUCUUUUGUCGAUGCAGCCCUCGACGAUUUGGUCUUGAAAAUAAUUUGUGCACUUCCUUUCUCACCAUUAGCUCUUUAA